AUGCGACGGGCUUUACUGUUGAGAGGACCGGGAUGGGGAGCCUCGAUCUACGAUGUAGCUUCGAAACAGCUCUCGAGGACGAGUCCUACCACUGCUGCGACGCAAUGGUCUUCUACGGGACCUGCUAAAGUCUCAAAGCGGUUCAAUGCGAAUUUCCAGACUCCUCCCAAGCCAGCGACUCCUCAGCCGCUUACCAGCAAGCUUCUCUCCCACUCCAGAACGGGCCUAUCAUCGCCAUGGCGGCCAGCAAUUGCGCAAUUACGACCAUUUAAUAGCACUUCGCAUCUACGAGAAACACCGAAGGAUACAGAUCGGCAGGAUCUGAUUGAGAAGGAGAAAGCGAGGCGGGAAGAGGAAGAGGAGGAUCAUAUCGAUGAGCAUGGCGGGUUCGCAAGGAGCGAGAAAGCUUCGAAAGCAGCACAGGUUAAUCUCAGCGCUCGAUUGCAGAGCUCAAAGGCACAAGGGAACUCAGCUGGGUUUGGGGAGAUAUGGAGGCUGAUCAAGAUUGCGAGGCCUGAGGCUAGAUGGCUGGCAUUGGCUUUUGCUUUCUUGUUAAUUUCGUCUUCUAUUACGAUGUCGAUACCGUUUUCGAUUGGAAAGAUCCUGGAUCUUGCGACUAAGGACCCGGCUGAGGGCAAUAAGUUAUUCGGCCUGGAAAUCAGCCAGUUUUAUAUUGCUCUCGGUGCUGUAUUGACCAUGGGAGCUGCGGCCAAUUAUGGACGGAUCAUCAUUUUGCGGAUAGUGGGAGAACGGAUUGUGGCUAGACUUCGAUCACAAUUAUACCGGAGGACAUAUGUACAGAAUGCGGAAUUCUUCGAUGCGAAUCGAGUUGGAGACCUCAUAUCCCGGCUAAGUUCGGAUACAGUCAUUGUUGGAAAAAGUAUCACACAAAACCUGUCAGAUGGGUUGAGAGCUCUCGUGAGUGGUGGAGCUGGAUUUGCAGCCAUGGCGUGGGUCAGCCUGAAGCUCACAAGCAUUCUGUGCUUAAUGUUCCCGCCUGUCGCCAUUGGAGCUUUCUUUUAUGGACGAAUGAUACGGAACCUGAGUCGAAAGAUCCAACGGAAUCUCGGGACGUUAACCAAGAUUGCGGAGGAAAGGCUUGGCAAUGUUCGGACAAGUCAAGCCUUUGCUGGCGAAAUUCAAGAAGUCGGACGAUACAACCACCAGAUCAAGAAGAUUUUCGCAUUGGGGAAGAGGGAAGCUAUCAUCAGUGCCACUUUCUUCAGUUCCUCUGGAUUCUUUGGUAAUAUGACGAUCCUCGCCUUGCUAUAUUCAGGCGGAUCAAUGGUCAAGAGCGGAGUCAUCAGCAUCGGAGAUCUGACAUCCUUCCUGAUGUACACGGCUUACGCUGGGUCGAGUCUGUUUGGUCUCUCCAGCUUCUACUCUGAGCUCAUGAAAGGAGUGGGAGCAGCAAGCCGUCUCUUCGAGCUGCAAGACCGAAAGCCGACUAUUCCAGCUACCCUUGGCACCAGGGUCAAAUCUGCACAAGGACCAAUCAAAUUUUCGAACGUCUCGUUCGCGUAUCCGACACGACCUGCUGUCAAUAUAUUCGAAGGUCUCGACUUCGAAAUCCCAUCAGGAACUAAUGUUGCCAUCGUUGGGCCAAGUGGUGGCGGGAAAUCCACCAUUGGAUCACUGUUACUGAGAUUCUAUAAUCCAACGGAGGGAACGAUUUCCAUCAACGGUGUUGACAUCUCAAAGAUGAAUGGCAAGUCUCUGCGUCGUCGAAUUGGUAUGGUUGGUCAAGAGCCAGUUCUGAUGUCUGGUUCUAUUGCGGAGAACAUCGCAUAUGGCAAGCCUCAUGCUACCAGGUCUGAAAUCAUUGCUGCAGCACGGAAAGCCAACUGUCAAUUCAUCAGCGACUUCCCGGACGGUCUUGAUACUUCUGUUGGUGCACGAGGGGCUCAAUUAUCUGGUGGCCAGAAGCAGAGAAUUGCCAUCGCCAGAGCACUGCUCAAGAAUCCAGAUAUCCUGAUUCUCGAUGAGGCAACAUCGGCCUUGGAUGCAGAAUCCGAGACGUUGGUGAACUCGGCAUUGGCCGCUUUGCUCAAGGGACACAACACCACCAUCUCUAUCGCCCAUCGACUAUCGACAAUCAAGAGAUCAGAUCACAUUAUCGUGCUUGGAAAUGAUGGAAAGGUUGCUGAGACGGGCACAUACCCCGCGCUCUCCAGCAAUCCAGAUUCUGCUUUCUCCAAAUUGAUGGAGUGGCAGAUGAGCGGUGGUGACGCAGCAGACAAGCGAGCCACGGAGCCCGAAGGCCAUCUUACCGAGACCGAAGAAAUCAGCGAUGAUCUUACUCGGUUGAAUGAAGAAGAGAGCGAAGAAGAUAUUGCCGAAGAAGCUGAAGAGGAACUCGAGGGGCGGAAACACGAACCAGUAACGGAGAAGAGCUCGAAAGAGACUAAAUAA